AUGAUUAAGAUAUUAUUACUUUCUCACUGUUUUCUUCAAGUUUCAUACAAUUUUCAAAUUUCCCCAAAUUGUCACAAUUCUUGCUUCUCACUCCUCCGGGUGGCACUGCCACAUACCCUAGCCACAUCAUCAUCUUAUCAAACAGCCACACGCCCCUCAAGUCUUACCGCGAUCCUUCUCUGUUACUUUAUGAAUAACCCAAUAUAUACCAUGCCUGGGGCGUUCCCGGCCCCGUAUACUUAUGGAGUGAAUUCUGGGGAUGAUGGGUCCAUGGACCAAGUUAAUGUGAUGAAGGUGCGCAAAUCGCGACAGAUGCGGUACAGAAAGCUAUUCACUGACCAGCUGACCUUGAUCAUUCUGAUCCAACUGGUCGUGGGUUAUUUCCUCGACACCUCAUUUUUCAAGUUGAUUUGCGGAGUAGCGGUGGAGCUGGUGCUUUCAAACUGGGAGAGUUUGUCUGAAUGGAUAGUUGAGGCCGAGCUGAUCCAGGCAAGGGCUGCUGCUGAGUCUCGUGAAUCAUCCGCACAGCCAGAUAUUGAUGACGAUUCAAGCUCAGCGCGAAGACGGAUCUGCGAGCAUGCACACAAGAGCUUGGGGGUUUAUAGACUCGGGAUUCUGUUCGAAAUUGUACUUCUGUACGCGAUAUCACUACUGGACCACAUCCUUUGGGGCGUGCCAUAUAUUACUGAUACCCCAAAGAAGGAUGCAGGAACACUGGUAACCAUAUCAUGGUCCUGGGACUGGCUUAGUGCCUUGUUUUUGAGGCUUAGGGAUUCCUACAACGAAUCGAGUGCGCAAUCAUCUCGUCACCGCGAAGACGCCAAGUAUCUCCACGGAUCUUUGUUUGUGUCUUUGGUAGGCCAAUUGCCCGUGUCAGGACUCCUAUACGUUCUGGUGCUUGAUUCGGUGGUUUUUUUGCUACAAUUGGUGCAAUACCAAUGCGUAUUUGGUGAGGAAGCUGUUCAUGACCAUGAUGACGGCCACCGGCUGGGUGACACACAGCCACUAUUGUCCGAAGAACUCGACGACGGGUUUCAAGGCUCCCUGACGAUAAUAAAACUGGAGAUGUUUCCACGAAUUUCGUGGCGUUGGCUCAAGGAGGCGAUGUUCAAGCCGCAGGACCCAGAGCCCCAGGUCGAAGAGCCAGAGCAAAGGCUAGGUUUAGCGUGA